AUGGCUCGAGGAACACGGCUGGACGGUCAGUCCAAGCCUUUCGCUUGGACUACCAUCCUCUACCUCUUGUUAGUUUUUAUUGCACCUCUCGCACUUUUGGGAACCGCCCAUGCUUCGGAGGAGCAGAAUGUUACAGAGAACUACGGCACUGUCAUCGGUAUCGAUUUGGGAACUACAUACUCUUGUGUUGGUGUGAUGCAAAAUGGCAAGGUUGAGAUUCUCGUCAACGACCAAGGAAAUCGUAUCACUCCCUCCUACGUGGCCUUUACCGACGAUGAACGUUUGAUCGGCGACGCCGCCAAGAAUCAAUACGCAGCUAACCCCGAGCGAACCAUCUUCGAUAUCAAGCGUUUGAUCGGUCGCAAGUUUGACGACAAGGAUGUACAGAAAGAUCUGAAGAACUUCCCCUUCAAGGUCGCUAAUCAGGGCGGCAAACCAGUCGUCAAGGUUGAUGUCAACAAGUCCUCCAAGACCUUCACCCCCGAAGAAGUUUCCGCUAUGGUUUUGACCAAGAUGCGUGAAAUCGCCGAAGGUUACCUCGGAAAGACUGUCACCCACGCCGUCGUUACCGUUCCCGCCUACUUUAACGACGCCCAACGUCAGGCCACCAAGGACGCCGGUAUUAUUGCUGGCUUGAACGUCCUGCGUGUUGUCAACGAMCCCACCGCCGCCGCUAUCGCCUACGGUCUGGACAAGACUGGUGACGAGCGUCAGAUUAUUGUCUACGAUCUCGGUGGUGGUACUUUUGAUGUUUCUCUUCUCUCUAUUGACAACGGUGUCUUUGAGGUCUUGGCUACCGCUGGUGACACUCACUUGGGUGGUGAGGACUUUGACCACCGUGUCAUGGACCACUUCGUCAAGCUCUACAACAAGAAGAAUGAUGUCGAUAUCACCAAGGACUUGAAGACCAUGGGUAAGUUGAAGCGCGAGGUUGAGAAGGCCAAGCGUACUUUGUCUUCCCAGAUGUCUACCCGUAUCGAAAUCGAGGCUUUCCACGAGGGCAAGGACUUUUCCGAGACUCUUACCCGUGCCAAGUUUGAAGAACUCAACAUGGAUCUGUUCAAGCGCACCCUUAAGCCUGUCGAGCAGGUUCUCAAGGACGCCAAGGUCAAGAAGGCCGACAUUAGCGACAUUGUCUUGGUCGGUGGUUCUACCCGUAUCCCCAAGGUCCAGGCUCUUCUCGAGGAAUUCUUCAACGGCAAGAAGGCCAGCAAGGGUAUCAACCCUGAUGAGGCUGUUGCUUUUGGUGCCGCCGUUCAGGGUGGUGUUCUCUCGGGUGAAGAAGGAACUGGCGACGUUGUUCUCAUGGACGUCAACCCUCUUACCAUGGGUAUCGAGACCACCGGUGGUGUCAUGACCAAGUUGAUUCCUCGUAACACUGUUAUUCCUACCCGCAAGUCUCAGAUUUUCUCGACCGCCGCCGACAACCAGCCUACCGUCUUGAUUCAGGUCUUCGAGGGUGAGCGUUCUAUGACCAAGGAUAACAACCUUCUUGGCAAGUUCGAGCUCACCGGAAUUCCUCCCGCUCCUCGUGGCGUUCCUCAAAUUGAGGUCUCUUUCGACCUUGAUGCCAACGGUAUUCUCAAGGUCAGCGCUGCUGACAAGGGAACUGGCAAGGCCGAGUCCAUCACCAUCACCAACGACAAAGGUCGUCUUACCCAGGAGGAGAUUGACCGCAUGGUCGCUGAGGCUGAGCAAUUCGCCGAGGAGGACAAGGCAGCUCGUGGCAAGAUUGAGGCCCGUAACGCUUUGGAGAACUACGCUUUCAGCUUGAAGAACCAGGUCAACGAUGAGGAAGGUCUUGGUGGCAAGCUUGAUGAGGACGACAAGGAUACUAUCCUUGAAGCCGUAAAGGAUGCCACUGACUGGCUCGACGAAUACGGCGCCAGCGCCACCAUGGAGGACUUUGAGGAGCAGCGCGAGAAGCUGUCCAGCGUAGCUUACCCCAUCACCAGCAAGCUUUAUGGCGCUGGUGCUAGCUACGAUGAGGACGAUGAGCCCAGCGGCCACGAUGAGCUGUAG